CGUGAGGGUCACUCUAGAAGAAAAGGUCCACAGAAAUGUCCACAUAUCGUCGCACCGCAAACCAAACUUUACGUGGCUGCAGGGGAAAGGAGGAAUAUCACUGUGAAGGUCCAAAACCUCGAUCCGAUCUUCAUGACGGAUUUUCGAUGUCACUUCAAAGUAGGAAACGUUGAACAUGAAAAACCUGCUGUGAAGACAUUCGACGAUAAUGUGAUAUGUGAUGAGAUGCAGUUCGACCACUAUGGGCUUGGUGUAUCGGGAGGAACAGCUCCGGUCGAAUUCAAUGUAGUGUGGUCCUCGAGCGAUUCUUCCAGAAAACACACUUUGGAUAAUAUUGGUGGAGUGGCCGUGGAGGUGUAUAAGUGCGAAGCUCUUGCAUCGAAUUGUGGCCGAUGUCUUACGUUGGAUGCCGAAAAGUACGAAUGUGGCUGGUGUGCUAUAGACAACAGAUGUGUCAGACCAAUGGCAUGCUUGGCAAGAUCACCACAAGAUUGGCUAAAUAGCACGCAGCUGUGUGCAAAUCCAGCUAUUGAAGACUUCAGUCCUAAAAAGGGACCUGUCGGUGGAAAAACAAAGGUUGGAAUUACCGCUCUUCUAAAGAGAAAGUUGUCAGUUGGGGUGGCCAUCUGUAUUGAGAUGUACAUGGCUGAGCAUAGGACCGAAUGUCAUUCUCGCGGAACGCUCUUCUGAAA